AUGUCUUCGCAAGGUUUACUUUUUAGGCAUUUAUGCCGCCCUUAUUGUUCCAAUGCUAUCCUUUCCCGGCCAAUUCGGCUACCGCAAAACUCGACAAUCAAAGCCUUGUACCCGACCCGAUGUCUUGCGACGGGACGGGUAGUCCCCAGAAUCGUGGAGCCUUCCAUGUGGACCUCUCUGAUUCCAAAAUUCCUUCGAAACCGGGAUUUGCGUGGAACACAAGCUGUGCCGCGGAAGUCUAGGGGCCCCAAUGCGGCGACAUUUUUUGUUGUUAUGUUCACCCUUAUCGGCUCCCAAGCCAUCCGGAUGGUCAUGCUUCGGAAUGAGUAUAGGAAUUACACCAGGAGUGCGGAUGCGAAAAUUAGGCUGCUGCAAGAGGUAAUCGAACGACUCCAGAAAGGGGAAGAUGUGGACGUUAAGAGAUUAUUGGGCACUGGGAAUGAAGUGAAGGAGAGAGAAUGGGAAGAAGUUCUAAAAGAAAUUGAACAGGAAGAAUCUCUAUGGCAUUCCAAGUCUAGAAAGACCACACAUCGUGGAAAUCCGCCCAAGUCCGAGAUCGAGCCACCGGAGAGCGGGAAGAAGAAUGGAACGACAGCAUAUCAACAAACCUCUGCCAAUGACAGACCUCCUACUGAGCAAAGCAAGCGCCAGCCGCCGUCCAAUUUCUACUGA